ACAGCACAGAGAGAUUUCUUUAUGUGACAUUAUACCCCAGAACGUUACAGCCAAAAAAAAACCAGAGGUUAAGAGGAAUGUUAAGGACUGUAUUUUAGACUAAAUCUACAGAUUUAGAAAAACAAAAAAUUUAGUGCCUUUGUUUAAAAACAGAAGAACAAGAAGAGGACGAGGAGGAAAAAGAAGAAAAUCCCUGGGAUAUUUAUCAUCCUUAACCCCAAGACUGGAAAGCUGACAACAUGGCUGUGAUCCCGUGGGUGAUGGGUCUCUCCCUGCUCAUGCAUUGCUGCUUGUGCAGUUUUGGACAAACUGAAAGAGGCUGCAUGAAAUGGACCCCACAGGGAGAGAACGUUUGCUGCGAAACCUGUUAUCCAGGAAACCGCCUGGUCAGAAACUGUGGACCAAGUCCGAAGGAGCUUUGCACCCCUUGUGAGGUGGGGACAUAUACAGUGAACCCUAAAGACUACAGUUGUUCCAUCUGUACACAGUGUGUAGGUGCUCAGGUCUAUGUGAAACGUUGCACAGCCACAAGAGACACAGAGUGCGGCUGUAAAGAUGGACUCACCUGCGGCGAUGGCCGCUGUACCUUCUGCGUUAAGAAGUGUGACAAAGGCCAGGAACCUACAAAGGAUCGUUCAUGCAGAAAAUGUCCGGACGGAACCUUCAAUGACCAAAGUCACCAGAUGUGUAAACCCUGGAAAACCAAGUGUCCCAAUCCAGAUCAAUACAUUGUGGCCAAAGGAAAUGAAUUUACUGACAGUAUGUGCGCUAACACUUCAGUUAAAUCAUCACACAGUCCCAACCCAACCGGCUCCAGGGAACACACAAGCCUACUGCUCUCAUUUUUGGUCAUUGGCAUGGCUCUGAUGGGCAUCACCAUCAUCGUUGUGGCUUUGAAAAGUCGCGAGAUAAGAAAGAAGAAAAAAAAGACAAUCACAAAAACACCCAUAAUCAGAACCCCUACAGAUGAUCCUAGGACAUUAAUUGCAAUAGAGUGCAGUUUUCACGAGGCCCAGCAAGAGCAAGGCAGCAGUUCAGAGUCCCUGGACUCCAAGGACUCCUCAGACCAGCUCAUUGCAUGAAUGGAAGGGGAGAAGACAAGAAAGCCACUCUGAAAUACCUGUUAAGGUUUUGCUGAAUUCAGAUCAAGAAUGAGUUGGGAUCCUUCUCUGUGAUAUUGAGCCACAAGUUUGGAAAAAAUGUCUUUGUAGCAUCAAUUUGCCUGGUUUUAAAUGUAACAAAGAGAAAACUGCGUUCACCACCCUCUUUUCCUUUAUCCAAAUAACCUAUGCUACUGUGAAAAAUCUUUAUAGGUCAGGUGAGAUGUAACGUUUUCCUCAAAAAUUACACCAGGAUACAAUUUUAGUGAUCUUUUGUUGAUGUAGUAAAUGUGCACAUGGGAGGAAGGGGAAUUCUGGGAGGGAAAAAACAAAGUGGACGGACAAUAGUCUACUCAUCAUGUGAAUUAUAGCAGACAGUGAGGCUUUGUUUUUCCCCCUUUUGGUUCUAAAAUAGGUCAUUAGAUUAGAUUUUUCAAACCAGAGGAAACGACAUUUUUUUCCUCUUUUUAACGACUUUCAAACAAAGUAGUUGGACUUGUGACAAUGGACUGCGUGCAACAAUAUCGAAGGGUUUGAACGAGAGCCAAUGAAUUUCGCUAUGCUGAUAUUUGCAUGUCUGAGCAGUGCGGCCGCUGAGGCUUGCUCUGUGUGAAUGUACAGUGCAGGUGGGCGUUCAGCUGGAUGUACAAAAAUUUGUCGACAGACAGGUUUGAUGGAUAAUGCUGAGCAGGCUCCAAUGCCCUUCCUAGUUACCUACUGUUUACUGCUGAAUUUGUACAUUUAUAACCCUGUUAUGUUGCUGCAGCUAAAGAAAAACAACGCUGGGUCAAUCACGAUUUUAUGUGGUGAAACAUUAUUUAUCGAGGGACCGUUUGUGGUGUAUUAUUUAAAUUUGUCUACUUUGAGUGAUAAAUUGUGAAAAUAGUAAGAUAAUAGCUUUGUGUACUGUUGACUUAUCACACUGAAGGCAGUGUAUAUAUAGUCUCUGCGCCUCUACCUUAAGAGGAACUAUAUGGACUUUCCUACUAUUUCUUCAUUGGUGUCAAAAAGUCCAGAGAAGGGAGUUUCCCUUUUUGUCAAUAUGUAAUCCUACAGCACCAGUGAGUCUACUGUACAGUACGGUAUAGUACUGUGAGCAACGAUCUACAAUACUUGGUUCUUUUUUUAGUAAGACAGGUUUAGUUAAGGUUCAACAGCACUGAUUUACCUAGCUGACACAUUCCUCUUGAGCGAGUGGCAACACUGCGGGUAUCCCAAAGGAAACUCCAGCGAAGUGCGUCAUGUGGGAAAUCCUCAGGACAAAUCUGAUAGAAACUUGUAAAAAAAAGUAUUUACGCGGCACACACAAGAUAUCAAAAUGAGGCUCAAGGGCCACGUGGAAACCCCCCCCAAACCAGUCCUGUAUGCCCUUUUGCUUUUGUUUAACUUUUAGCAGAGUGGAGUGGGCAGCAAGGUGAGACCAAGUGGAAUUUUUUUUUUUUUUUUUUUUAAAAACACAUAUCUGAAAUUAAGCAGGGCGUAUCGUUCUUCGGAAAAUUUGAGAAACAUGCUAUGUGGGCUCAGAGUGAAAUGUUAGCCCACAACUAUAGUAAUGUAUCAGUGACUAUGUUUGAGUCAUAACUCAAGCGAAGUGGCUGGUGAAAGACCACAAAGUUCACAAGGGGCUGCACUGAGAAUUGUCACCAUAGUACAGUCAAACACAAGUUAUUCAGUAGAACGUUAUCAAACUAACCAGGAGUGCAUAACAUUUUGCAUAUGUGAAUUUUAAUCUUUUUUUUUUUUUAA